AUGAGGUCCUUACUCGGGUUCUUGGGCAUAUUUGGGCUAACUUUUGCCGCUCCGAGGUUAUUGAAUGUUCAAGUUCUCUUCCGCCAUGGUGACCGUACCCCGACUGCGACUAUCUACAGUGACCCGUAUCAAGAAUCUUUCUGGGGAUUGCCCUGGGGCACUUUGACUACGAUCGGGAUGGAGCAACACCUAACAGCCGGCUACAUGCUCAAAAAACGGUACAUCGAGGAUUUGAGGUUUAUCAACGCAACUUAUUCGCCGUAUGAGGUCAAAGUCUGGUCUGCAUUGCAUGAUCGCUGCCUCCAAUCUGCUGCUGCUAACUUUGCAGGAUUCUACAGCGACUCGAAAUACCACCCAAGUGGAAGUGGCUGGCCAAAGAAUUGGACCCCGAUGCCGAUCUACACUAUGGAUCCGCCAGAUUAUACCUUUGAGCCGAGCCAGGAUUGCCCAAAAGCCAAGCGUCUAAUCGCCCAACGACUUGCCCGACAGGAGUAUUUGGACUAUGAGCAGCAACAUAUUGACAUUGUCAAAGAGUUCGCCUCAAAGACGGGCGAGGCCUGGACAAAGUGGUGGGACAUUAUUUCGUACCUCGGGACGCUGACCUGCGAGAAAGCCCACGAUCUCGCGCUACCAUCCUGGGUCUCCGAUUCUCUCUACAACGAUGCGAAAAGAAUCCGCUCCGCCAUCCUCGACUACUCUUAUGGAAUGGCCUCCCUAAACGUUGCGCAGGACGAUCAAAUCAUCCGGCUACGCACGGGCAACUUCCUGCAGCACCUGACGAAAAUUCUGGGCAGCGACUCCGCCACGUACAAAUAUACGGCCUAUUCAGCGCACGACUCGACUAUCGCAGCCGUUCUCUACGCUCUAGGGCCCAAGGCCAAGCUGGACAUCCUGGGAGAAGGGCAACCAGAAUACGCUGCUACGAUCACGUUCGAGACUUGGUUGUUGGAUGAUGGGACAAUUGUGGCACAGAUCCUCUACGCGAAAAACCCGGAUUCCACCCUUAUCCCAGUGACUCAUCUGAUCCCUGGUUGCCUCAGCGAUUUCUGCAACAUUCAAGCAAUCCUUGGGCAGCUACGGAAGUAUACGGUGGAUGACAGUGCAAAGGAGUGCAACUCC